AUCAGCCGUGUCCAGUGACACGCUGAUGACAGGGAAAUGCAAUUGCACGCUGUCAGAUCCAGUUGUUAGAGCAGGGAUUGGCACCGACCAGUUCCGCCCACUUGUGCCCAGCAGUGCACUCACCUGUGCCCAGCAGUGCCACCCAGCAGUGUCACACACCUGUGCCACCCAGAAGUGCCACCUACCUGUGCCCAGCAGUGCUACCCGCCUGUGCCCACCAGUGCCACCCACCAGUGCCCAUCAGUGCAGCCCAGCAGUGCCACCAGUCAGUGCCCAGCGGUUGUGCUAGUCAGUGCCACCUAUCAGUG